AUGCGUACCACUCUGCAGCUUAGCAAUGGGAAGAACAUUCCCAGCCUCGCCUGGGGCAACGGGUCAUCCGGCCUGACGGCCUCCGGGGAGAUGGCCGCAACACUGGGCACUGCCGCUAUCCAAGGUGGCAUCACGCACAUCGACACUGCCCAGAUGUACUUCACGGAGGCUGAGACUGGCGAGGCCAUCAGCAACGCCGGCGUUGAUCGCAGCACAGUCUGGGUUACGACAAAGGUCUCGGAGUCUAGCAACACAAAGACUACCCUCGAGGACGUCAGGCGCAGCGUGACGCAGUCCAUCGCUCGCCUGGGUUCCAUCCCGAACCUUCUGCUAAUUCACAACCCAUUUGUCCCCCAGCCCGGACGCAUUGGAGAGUUCUGGACGUACUUGGAGGCUCUGGUGAAGGACGGCACGCUCGAGGGCUGUUCCCUUGGCUUCAGCAACUUCCGUCCCCAGGACAUCGAGGAGGUCUUCAAGGUGGCCACAAUCCACCCUGUUUGCCACCAACUCGAGUACCACCCUUACGUUCUGGUUCACCUCGAGCCCGUCCUCGCGCUGCACCGCAAGUACAACAUUGUCGCUGAGGGGUACGGGCCUCUCACGCCCAUCGUCCGUCACUCCGGCGGCCCUCUCAGGCCUGUGCUGGAAAGGAUCGCGGAGCGCAAGGGCACCGACAUCGGCAAUGUCCUCCUUCAGUGGACGAUCCAAAGCGGCGUGGUCGCCGUGACCACCUCGACGCGGUCGGAGAACAUCAAGAAGCUGGCGAACCUGUUCAAGCAGGAGGACCUGACUGACCAGGACCUCAAGGACAUUGAGGCUGCUGGGCGGUCUGUCCACUUCAGAUUCUACUCGGAGCACAUGACCGAGGAGUUCCCGAACCCCGCGUUGCCCGACGGCGAGGUAUUUAGGUAA